UCGGUGGGCGGUCCUCCAUCGGCCGUCCGCCAGUCCGCCCUCGUCGAUCGCGGUGUUUCCAUAUUCUGUAGUGUCGACUAUUCUUACGACCAAUCUUUCUGCCUGUCCAUCGGUCAAUCAGUCAGUCCGCCCGUCGUUGCUGCCGCGGUUGUUCGACACGUCUUGCGCGCGGCGGUAGGUUGCGGGAGUGUUUGUUCUUGUAGUACACCCUUUACGACUUUUUACCACAGUUCCACCCUCUAUUGACGCCAACGUUUUUCGAACGGUCGUCGCGUCGAUAUUGUUAUAGUUAACAAAUAUUAAAUAAGUAUUGCACGGCCGCCGAGGUAUUAAUUAUUGAAGCCUAAUUUAUUGGUACGUGUCCAAAAUCUUCACCACCGUCACUUGUUGAAUGCCAUAAACUCAUCCCUUUUUGUUCAUCGAUCCGCGGUCACGACGAUGGAAUCGAACAACACUAGUAAAAAGUUCAAGGAGCAACUCAUCAAAAAUGUGAAGAAAGAGGUGAAACAAAUAAUGGAAGAAGCUGUAACUAGGAAGUUUGUACAUGAAGAAAGUGGCUCAAUUACAUCUCUUUGUGCUGCUGUUGAAGCAUGUCUAUCUCAAGGAUUGAGGCGAAGAGCAUUGGGAUUAUUUAAAACUAGUUCAACCACAGCAUUAUUACAUAAAAUGGCAAAAAAUUUUGAACCUGCCUCCAUAAUUAGUCAGAAAGUUCAAGAAAUGGAAAAUAUUGACCCAAAUAAUGAUAGCUGUGCAACAAGAGCUGCAUCCGUAAACAGUACAUUAACUAAUAGUAUAACACUUCCGAAUGUUCAUCCACCACCUUUGACAAAGAAAAAUUCAGCAGGUAGUGGUUUGGGCCCAACGUCCAUUACUCUUCCUAAGUACUUAUGGAUUCGUCUAGCAUUGUUUGAAAAACUUUUAGCUGUAAUAAUUGACCAUUUAGUUCAAAAUUGCAGUAAAUAUUACGAAAAAGAUUCCUUGGUAGCAGAUCCAGAUUAUGGAAGCAUUUUAAGUUCAUUACUUGUUGGACCGUGUGCUUUAGAUUAUUCUCGUACAAAAUCACAUGAUCAAUUUUGGACAGAUCCACCUGCCGAUGAAUUAGUUCAAAGACACCGUAUAUCCAGCGGUUAUCAUACAUCUCCGCCAUGCCGUACUCCCAUAAAUUAUCGUAGAAAUUUACAUGCUACAAGUAAUGAUGAUAAUCAAAGACAAACACCUAUAUCUGCUAAAGACUAUGUGGAAUCAUUGCAUCAAAAUAAUAGAGUUACUCUACUGUACGGGAAAAAUAAUGUUUUAGUUUUACCGAAGGAUGUAACUGAACCUAUGGCAGGUUACUUGUCUUUACAUCAAACUGCUAGUUCAUUGAUAAUAAAAUGGACUCCAAAUCAACUUAUGAACUGUCAUUCUCCGGGUGCUAAUCAGAAUGAUCAACCUGAAAUUGAUGCAACUGAUAAAAGCCAAUAUUGGGACUAUGCAAUGAAUGUUAAUGUAGAUGAAAUAGUGUAUGUUCAUUGUCAUCAACAAGGAAAUGACAAUGGCGGAACUAUAGUUUUAGUUGCACAAGAUGGCGUACAACAACCACCCAUACAUUUUCCUCAAGGAGGACACUUACUAGCAUUCCUUACUUGUUUAGAAAAUGGACUUUUACCUCAUGGUCAACUGGAUCCUCCAUUGUGGCCUCAAAGAGGCAAAGGAAAAGUUUUUCCUAAACUUCGAAGAAAAGGGCGAUCCCAAAUACAAGAUAUUUCUAAUGAUUUAUCUAGCAACACAGAAGAAUCUCGAGAUUAUGUAUUUCAAAUAAUUAGUAAAGCUAGACAUGAAGAAUUUUUAUCUAGGGGAGAAGAAAUAUUGGAUUCAAAAAUUUGGUCUAUGCCUUCAGCUGCAAAUAACAUGCUUAGCAGAGUAAGAGGUCAUUUGGAAUCAUCAUCGACUAAUUCAUCAACAUCUACAUCAAGUAGCUUGGAUCCUGUGGCUUCUCCAUUAUUAAUAAAUAUUCAAAAUACGAGUAAAGAUACAGGCGAUUCUUUACUAAUCCUAUGUGAAACAAUGAAAAAGCAAAUCAUAUCUAGAGCAUUUUAUGGUUGGCUUGCAUAUUGUCGUCAUUUAACUACUGUGCGAACUCAUUUAUCUGGUCUUGUAAACACUGUGAUAAUAGAUUCUAGUGAUGCUGAAACAGGAUUGACUAAGGAAAAAUGGUAUUCAUUUAAAAAUAAUUCAAACCUUGUAAAUGAUGACACCAAAUUAGAAAUUUUUAGACUCACUUAUUUUGGUGGUGUCCAACAUGAGAUACGAAAAGAAGUUUGGCCAUUUUUAUUGGGACACUAUAAAUUUGGUAGUACAAUUGAAGAACGAAAUACUGUUGACUUACGUUGUAAGCAAGAGUAUGAAACAACAAUGUCUGAGUGGAUGGCAGUUGAAGCAAUAAUCAGACAAAAAGAUCGUGAAACAAUGGCAGCUAAUUUAGCAAAACUUUCAAGUGAAAGUACAUCUGGUGGAGAUGCACCUCCACCAUCUCCAAACACCUCAAAAGUUCUUAGUCAAGAACUCAGUAAUGAUGUAUUUGAAGAUAACAUUAAUUUCUCGUCUGACGAAGAUAAUCCUCCAGUUGUUGAUGAUACUCAAUUAGAACACAAUGCCGAAUUUUGUGAUAAUCYCACCAAUCAAACAAAUACAAAAAAACAUAUUGAAAAUAUACCUAAAGAAAUUGAUUGUGAUAAAAAAUCUUUAUCAUCAGAUGAAGGAUUAGGUAAAGAUGAAGUUACUGAAAAAGACAUGACAGUUAAAAAAAAUACAUCUGAAGAUACAUCUUUAUAUUGUUCUACUUCAGUAAUUGUCACUACAAAUAUAAGUCAAGAAAAAACUGUGGACAAUCUUAAUGAUGAAAAUGAUAAAACAGAUAGUAAAGAUAAUAAUAACACUUCUAAAUUAGCAGUAGAUGACAACGAAGGAGCUGGAGGAUCUAAUUAUGAACAAAGGUCUGCUUGCAUAUCUCCGGCAAGUUCCCAAGGAGGAAUAUACCCAGUGGAAUUAGUUGAAAAUUUUGGACUUAAUGUGCAUAGAAUUGAUAAGGAUGUUCAACGAUGUGAUAGGAAUUAUCCUUAUUUUACUCUUGAAAAUCUAGAUAAACUUAGGAAUAUAAUAUGCACAUACGUUUGGGAUCAUUUAGAAAUGGGAUAUAUGCAAGGAAUGUGUGAUCUUGUUGCUCCUCUUUUAGUUAUUUUAGAUGAUGAAACUUUAUCUUAUUCAUGUUUUUGCUUAUUAAUGGAAAGAAUGUCGGCCAAUUUUCCACACAGCGGUGGUGCUAUGGACACACAUUUUGCUAAUAUGAGAUCUCUAGUACAAAUAUUAGAUUCAGAAAUGUUUGAACUUAUGCACGAAAAUGGAGAUUUCACUCACUUUUAUUUUUGUUAUCGAUGGUUUUUGUUGGAUUUUAAGCGAGAAUUAUUAUACGAUGACGUAUUUACGGUAUGGGAAACAAUAUGGGCUGCCAAAGAGAUGUCUUCUUCUCAUUUUGUGCUUUUCUUUGCUCUUGCUCUUGUGGAAACAUACAGAGAUAUUAUUUUGGCCAACCAUAUGGAUUUCACAGACAUCAUCAAAUUUUUCAAUGAAAUGGCAGAACAUCACGACGCUAAAACUGUCUUAUCACUUGCAAGAAAUUUAGUAUUACAACUACAGACAUUAAUAGAAAAUAAAUAA